AACUUUGACCUGAAUCUUGUGCACGCUGGAAAUGGAAACAACGUGGAGAGUAAACGUUUAAAGUGUUGUUUAUUACAUUUCCAGUUGGCUGAGGCUUAUUGCCUCAUGUUUUCUUCCCUCUGGAUUUAAUAACUCGACUCCUCAAUCCGGCUGGAAGAUGGGGAAGGUGCCAAAGAAGAGGAGCAUGGCUGACAAGGUUCGCAAAACCAAGACCUCUACAGAGAUCAAAAACAACCCCUUUGAAGUGAAGAUCAACAGGAAGAAAUUUGACAUUUUGGGGCAGAAAUCCAAGCAUGAUGUGGGUCUGCCUGGUGUGUCUCGAUCCAAAGCCAUUAAUAAGAGAAAAGACACCCUCCUGAAGGAAUACAAACAGAAGGGCAAGUCCAGCAAAUUCAUUGACAGACGCUUUGGGGAGUAUGACACCAAUAUGGCACCAGAAGACAAAAUCCUGCAGAGGUUCGCCAUGGAGAGACAGCGUAACCAUGACAAGAAGGAUGUGUACAACCUGAACGAGGAGGAGGAGUUGACCCAUUACGGCCAGUCGCUGGCUGAGAUGGAGAAAUUCAAUGACAACGUGAAUAGUGAUGAUGAAUCAGAAGAGAAAGGUCUUCUUUCAGCCGAGCUGACUGCCUCCCACUUUGGAGGAGGGGGUCUCCUCAGAAGGAAAACAUCAGGGGACCAGGAGGGGGGGGAAGAAGGAGCCCCGAGGGCCAAAUCCAGACAAGAGCUGAUUGAAGAGCUCAUCCAGAAGUCCAAGCAGGAGAAGCGAGACCGACAGGUGCAGAAAGAGGAAUCGCAGGUGCUGACGGAGAAACUGGAUCACGACUGGAAGACCAUCCAGGCUCUGAUGGUGAAGAAGAUUCCCAGAGCAGAACGUGUCGAGGAGGAGAAGCCCAAGUUGGAACAGUAUGACAUGAUGGUCCGAGAGCUCGUGUUCGAGAUGAAGGCUCAGCCCUCAGAGAAGCUGAAGACCCCCGAGGAGGUCGCCCGGGAGGAGAGGGAGAAGCUGCAGAAACUAGAGGCGGACCGUCUGAGGAGGAUGAUGGGAGAUCAGGUCAUGGAGAGUUCACAGAGUCAGACUCACAUGUCAGCUGAUGACCUCAACGACGGCUUCAUCCUGGAUAAGGACGACCAGAAGACCCUUUCUUACCAGGAUGGAAAAUGGAACAUUGAAGAGGAGAAAGGGGAAGAUAAGGAUGGAAAGGGAGAAGAGGGAGAGGAGGAGGAAUCAGAGGCAGAAGAGGGAGAUGAAGAAGAGGAGGAGGAGGAUGAUGAUGAAGAGGAGGAGGAGGAGGAGGAGGGCAGUAGUGAAGAAGAAGAAGAAGAUGCGCACUCUGACCUUGAGUCCGAGCAAGAAAGCGAGGAUGAGGAGACACAACAGGAGGAAGAGGAGACCAGCGCCCAACCGAGUCUGAGCAAAGAGGAGCUGAAGGCCCAGCAGGAGGCCGCGAAGGCAGAGCUCCCGUACACAUUCACUGCUCCAGAGAGCCUUAGCGACCUGAAGGAUCUGCUGCAGGGUCACACCCCCGACAACCAGCGCAUCAUCGUGGCCAGGACUCAGAAAAGCAACCAUGCUAGUCUGGCUGUAGGCAAUAAGCUCAAACUGCAGAAACUGUUAGGCUUCCUGUUGGAGUACGUUGAAGAUCUGGCCACCAGGAGUCCCCCUGAACUCACCACCAUUGAUAAGCUCAUACCAGAGUUGUACACUUUGUGUCAGAUGUUUCCGGAAGCAGCCUGUAAGACAAUGCAAAGCAUCCUGGGAGACGCUGGACACAGCACGGAGGAGGUGCUCGAGGUCAAAGGGCAUCUUCCUUUCCCAACACUAGACAUGAUCGUUUACCUGAAGUUGACAGCCCUUCUGUUUCCUACGUCAGACUUCAGACACCCGGUCACCACUCCUGCACUGCUGUACAUCAGCCAGGCUCUCACCAAGUGUCCAGUGAGAUCCCUACAGGACGUGACGUCAGGGUUAGUGCUGUGCUGUCUGGCGGUGGAGUACGUCUCCUUUUCAAAGCGCUUCCUGCCUGAGCUCAUCAACUUCCUGUCUGGAACGCUACAUCUGGCUGUACAGGACAAGACCUCUCUAGGUUACAUCGUGGUGCUGCCCUUCAGGCCUUCAGGGAGGUGCAGUGAUCUGCUGGUGGUGUCAGACUCUGAGUCCUGCAAGAGCUGGAGCCUGAAGAGCCUUCCACUGUCUGCGGCCCAACACCUGGAGCUGAAAAAUAACCUGGACAAAGACCACCACAGGUAG